GGUUCCCGUCCGCUGAGUGCCCAUUCAAAAGUUGAUUUAUCAAUUAGGUAUUAUUCUCGAUACAAAUAACAAUCUACUGUCAGUUUAAAGUUGAAGCUUGGCUGAGUUGAUUCAGUACACAGAUAUUUCUACAACGAUCACUUGUUUACAGCAGAACGCACAGGACAUAAUCAUGGAAAACGUCAAAGUCUACUACUUCCCCAUCAAAGCAUUAGCUGAAGGUAUCAGAAUGCUGCUGGCAUAUGGUGAUCAGAAGUUUGAAGAUAUAAGAAUCAGCGGAGAAGAUUGGCCCACGUUUAAACCAAGUAUGCCGUUCGGUCAGAUGCCAGUGUUAGAGAUCAACGGCAAGAAAUACGCACAGACGCUGGCUAUCAUGAGGUUCCUGGGUCGGAAGUACGGGCUGGUCGGUGAUGAUAUAGAACAAGACUUUGAAAUCGAUCAGAACGUUGAUUUCUUCGUUGAUAUACGUAUAAAGGCUUCUGCUGUUCACUACGAGAGCGAUGAGAAUGUCAAGGCUAAAAAGCACAAUGAGCUAGCAAAGGAUUUCUACCCGGUCGUUUUGAAGAAGCUGGAUGAAAUAAUCGCCAGCAAUAAUGGGCACAUUGCAUUGGGAAAGUUAACAUGGGGUGACUUCUUGAUUGCCGGUAUGUAUGACUGCUUCAAGCUGCACCUACAGAUGCCAGACCUCGAUCAAAAAUAUCCAAACAUCAAGAAGAUUAAAGAUUCUGUGCUGACAAUCCCAACAGUGAAGGCUUUCUGUGAUGCUGCACCGCAAUGUGACUGGUAGAGAAACUGUGUCGACUUCAAAUCGUUUUUAUAAAAUGGCUUCUCAAAAUAACAAUUAAAUUUAAACAAUAUGAAAACUCUUUGAUAGUUUUAAACAUAUUUUUGUCAUAUAAAUUUGUAACUUAAACGACAAAUUAAUUUUAUUUGAUUGUAUGCCACUAAAUAUGCAUUUAAAAUAAUGUUUGUUGAAAAAUAUAAUAUCGUUCCCAAUACUUCUGUUAAAUAUCACAAUAUUUAAGUUUACCUAAUUAUACAUAUGUAGGUACUGGUUUUUGGAAAUAAAUUUUUUGUAUAUUUUUU